AUGGCAACCGCGGCCGUGACUAUGACCAGCACCAACGACGAUCUAGCCCACAUGAAGAACCCUGAUGUUGUCGAAGGGGAUCCCGAGUUUGACGGGAGGGUUAUAAUCUACGUCAUCAAAGCCGACGAGACUUCGUACAUCAACUACAUCAAGCCACUCAUUCUGGCGCGAGAACUGAACGCCCCGCACCUUCUGGCCAUCAUUGACACGCACAGCCAGUGGUACUAUUCCAUCCACCCUGAGCGUUACGUGCCGGCCAUCCGCGACAGGGACCCGGUCACCGGGGAAGACGCCGUCGUUUUUGAAGGCACGGCAUGUAUCCAGUACCUUGCCGACCGGUUCGACAAGGAUGGCGAUUGGACUGGCCGGACGGCAGCUGAAAAGGCGGCCGUCAUGUCCUGGACCGAGUACCAGACCGCCGGGAUAGGCGCCACCGCCAAGUACUGGCUCUAUUUUCUGCGCGGAUACCCCACCAGAGCAAACCCAGUCCAGCUGCCUCGCACCAUUGAGAAGCUUCACUCCAACACCCUGAAGCAAUGGGACGUGUUGGAGCAGCAGCUGUCAAAGCCCGGGCAGGAUUAUGUUGCGGUGGGCCACCGCCCGACGCUGGCCGACCUGGCCUACUACCCAUUCGCCAUGCCGUGGAUGUUCAAGUUCCUCAGCGUGGACAUCAAGGACUGGCCGCACAUUGAGCAGUGGGCCGCGAGGAUGUCGGCGCGGCCGGCGUUCAAGGCCGUGCUGGAGUCCGCACCAACCAUUGGGCACUGA